GUGGUAAAUCCUGAUUUGAAUUAGUUUGCUCGGAAAUGCCAACUGGCCAGGAGCGAUCGAUUGUUUCGUGGACGCAGCGAAAUGCUUUUUCUGGACAACUUUGAUCUUUUGCUGUUGCUCAUUCUGCACAUUUUCUGCAACGUCCAAGGAACCAACUUGCAUAAUUUGACUUUGUGUCCGGUGGACGAAACCAAAUGUCAAGAAUGCAAAUCAAACCCAUUUAAAUGCUACUGCAAUUCGACUAAGAGGGACACCAAUCUCACUUGUCACAACCGGAAGUUGAUUCUGUACGACGGCAGGAGUGAGAGUGGCGGAUUGAUUUGCCCAAGAGAGAUAUUACCAGAGUGCAAGGACACGUGCGGAAAAAAUAUAACUUUUGGUGACUGCGGCUGCCCAGAUUGCGUCGCUGCGAUCAGGAAGAAAACUUGCCAAUCUUUUCUGGAAAGAGACCUGGAACCAGCAAUUUCAGGUCACAGGGGGCCAAAAGACUGCCCAUCCGACCUGAGCAAAUGCCACAAUUGCACAAAAGACCUUGACUACUGUUUCUGCCCUGCACUUAAUAAAACCAUCAAAAUCGUCUGCAGCCCCUACGGCAACUUCCUCGACCUCUUCAACCCCCAAAGUGGCCUCCCUCACUGUCCACCUGUGAGACUUGCGUCCACAAACUGCUCCUCCUCGCCACGCGACGGCAAACGAGCUUGGUGCCGAAGCCUUGGAUUUGCACCUGAGACAACAACAACUACGGCGACGACGUCCUCCACCACCACCACCACCAAACAAAUCUUUACAGAGGUAGAAACAUCACCGACGACCAAAAGCACCAUUCAAGCCUCACCUCAGCCAACAACGACCGAACCCGUCAACCCUCGAGAUUCGCCAAUCAAAGGGGUGAUGUUGGUGGCCACCCUGGUUCUGAUGGGCGUGGCCUUGCUCGCACUCUGCGUCCUCAUCGGCCUGCUUAUGAAGGCCAUCAGGGAGGCCAGGAUGGUCAAGGUCGCAAGUGACGCUCAGCAGGGCGACAUUGCAGAAUCCACCUUAUGAUAUUUGAAGAUGCUCAAAAUUUGCUCCUUUCACAAUAUCGAUGGAAUUCAAAAAUAAUGUGAGAUAAAAACAAGUUUUGUUUCCUUGAUACCCCGUUUUUUAAGAAUGUUGCAACUUACGAACUUUAGCGAGACAAUUAUUGCUUGACGACGAUUACUUUAAAAUAAGAAAGCAUUUUUUUAUAAUUUUUAAACUUGCUUGUAAAUAAACCCUAUAUAUUUUAACCACGCAAUAAUUUCAGCCUCAAUUUUCAAGUUUUCAAAGUACAUAUUUAUUGUUUUAGAAAUAUCUUAGCAGAGCAAUAUCAACUGUUUGUGCUGUAAAAUGGAAAAUCUGAAGUUUGAAAAAAAAAACACCAUGCAAAGAAAUAUUUAUUCCCCAUAGAGGAAAGAUCGGUUAUUUUUGGAGCCGUUUUUGAAGCGCGAUGAAUUAUGGAACGGGCGACAUUGUUUACUUUCAACCAGGAAAUGCGGCGGAUUGGAAAGUUAAUCGAAUUUCUUGCUCUCUCUCCGCGUUCAUUUGGAAUCGAUGCAAAAAAAGAGCUUUUGAAUGACGCGUAAUUGCGCUUUGUUCGAGCUCUCCGAAUCAAUAAAAUUGCACAGAAUUCCUUCCUAAAAGCAAAUGAAUCAAUUUAAAAAGGCAAAGGCCGCUUUUAGCGCACCGAUUAAUCACGCGUGGACGUUCGAUAAAUUAAAUUUUCGCGGCCGAGCGGACGCACGGCCAGCUGCAAAUUAUAAUUUAUUUGCUUGCGGUGCGCCGAGCCGAGAUAAAUUCGCAUCAGUCACAAUUAAUUGCGGCCGUUCCAGCAACAAACAAAGUACUUUUCAACCCCGACGUUGUUUGAAUUCAAAAGUUCAAAGGGCCGCGUUUUUUUUCCAUUUUGUGAGAGAAAACUCAAAUUCAUUUUCCAUAUCUAAAGGAAAAUUGUGAUUUAUUUCAAUGUCUGGUUCCGAAUAAAUAGUCAAAGCGGAUAAUUAUUGAUUAUCAACAAAUAAAUAAAGUAAACAAAAAAUUCAAACCGAAUUGAUUUAUCAACAUUGAUUUCAAUUUCAUAUUUUUAAUUAUAUUCCAACUGAUGACUUUUCCACACUUUAUUAAACAUUAAAAAAUAUUGCCAAAACAAGAAAUUAAAUUUUAUUUCAUGAAGUAGAGCGAAGUUAUCUUUUAUUUCCUUUUUGAUUUAUUCCAUUUCUGUUUUUUAUAUGUUUUUUCGUGGAAAUGUCGCAAUUGAAAAGAUUUCGUUGGCUAGAAUUUGCAGAGAGAUUUCGUUUCUCAUUUCUCUCCUCUGCGUCUCUUAAGCUUUUUUAAUUCUGGCGGAUCUUCUCUCCUUUCGCGGCACGUGCGCAUACUUUUGUAGACUUUCUUUUGUGUGUGCGACUCACGUAGAAGCUCUGCCGGAUUUCGCAUUUCCUUAAUUUCGCGCCGGCAAAUCGUAAUUUAAUCUGCAAAAAUGCGCCCUCCCUUUUUGCACCACGUUUUUCUUUGCCUAACGAGGUUUCAAUUGCAAGAACUUCUGCAAAUGGAUUUUCCCUUUUGAAUUGAACGCGAGCGUCUCGUUAAAAUCGUUGCAUUGUGACAGGGGAGGGGGUAAGACGGUCAAAGGGUGCGCGUUGUUUUGAUACAUAUAUUGUUGCGAGCAAGAGCGACGCGAUCCGUCAAAAGCGCCGCGGGCCACGAAUUUCUCGCCGGCGAUCGAUGCGCGCCAAAUCCAAUGUUUAUUCGCGACAGGCGAGCAAAAAGGGAAAUUCGGAAACACGAAUGACGAAAAAUGUUUUUGAAAUUGUUUCCAACCAUAAAUUGAUUAAAAUGAGAAUUGUGCUGGAAGAAAAAGGCCUAAAUAAAAACUAUAUAAAUAGUUUUUUUUUAUAAAAAAAAUUUUUUUAACUUUUUCUUACAUCGGUGUAGCUUUGUAAUUUGUUCUGCUUGUGAAAUUGGCAGAAAAUUAAAAAAAUGUAAAUGCACCCAAAUUAUGCAAAGCAAAAUUCAUCAUCUUCAGUAAUGAUAAGCAUCAAAACCGCAUUUUAUUUUAUUUAAAUUCAUCCAGAUCAAUCUCAACGAGGAACUUUUGACACUGUAAAUAAAACUCUGAUACUUUCCCAUAAGAUC